AUGCAAUCCUACUUCGCCAACCAAACUUGCUCCCCCUUCACCGACCGCUCCACCCCCUGCACCCUCGGCAACUACGUCUCCUAUUCCGUCAAAGCCACCUCGCACCAGGACAUCAUCGCUGCCCUCUCCUUCGCCAGGGCUAACAAAAUCCGCGUCCUCGUCCGCAACACCGGCCACGACUUCCUCGGCCGCAGCACCGGCGCCGGCGCCCUCGCCAUCUGGACCCAGGAUCUCAAGAACAUCUCCUUCGGCACGUGGAGCGACAAGUACUAUUCUGGCCCCACCGUGACGGUUGGCGCGGGCGUGAUUGGGUAUGAGGUGCUCGAGGCGGCGAACAAGCAGGGUCUUACGGUCGUGUCGGGCGAGUGUGCGACGGUUGGUCUUGCUGGUGGAUUCACGCAGGGUGGUGGGCAUUCUGCGCUGUCCACGCAAUUCGGGCUCGCGGCUGAUCAAACGCUGUCUUUCGACGUGGUUACCGCGCGGGGCGACAUCGUCACUGCCUCCCCGACAGAGAACGCUGAUCUCUACUGGGCACUGUCCGGCGGCGGCGGCGGCACCUACGGCGUGGUCGUCUCCAUGACAGUCCGCGCGUACACUGCCAAACCCGUUGGCGGCGCUGUGAUGCAACUCCUCGCUGGCAGUACAACCCCCGAGAAAUUCGCGGCUGCGGUGAGCGCCUUCCACGCGCUGAUGCCUGCGAUGAUCGACGCGGGCGCCAUGGUCGUGUUCCUGCAGAACACGCAGUAUCUCGUGCUCAAGCCCGUGACCGUCUGGGACUCCAACGCAACAUACGUCAAAGACGUCGUCCUCGCGCCGUUCGCCAAAGCGCUGGUAGACCUAGGAAUUACCCCGCCGAUCGCAUACUCCACGCUGUCCUACCGCGACCACUACGACAAGUACAUGGGCCCUCUGCCACGGGGUAGCUUCGAGGUGAACCGGUACCAGUUCGGCGGGCGCCUGAUCCCGCGCGACGUCGCGGUGAACAAGAACAAGGAGCUAGUUACGGUGUACAACGAGCUGACUGCCGCGGGCGUGUUGCUCGCUGGGAGCUCCGCGGAUUACAGCAAGCGCGCUGGGCCGGAGAAUGCUGUGCUGCCUGCGUGGCGCAGUACCAUCACGCAGCUGCAGAUGAUUACAAACUGGAAUAGCACGGCGCCGUGGGUGGAUAUGGAGGCUGCGCAGAAGAAGAUGACGGAGGAGUUCAUGCCGAAGAUCGAGGCGGUGACGCCGGGCUCUGGAUCGUAUAUGAACGAGGCGGAUUUCAGGCAGGAGAGGUGGCAGGACGUUUUCUUCGGGAAGAACUUCAAGAAGCUGGAUGAUGUGAAGAGGAAAUAUGAUCCGGAGAAUGUUUUCUACAUCCUCAAGGGCGUGGGAAGUGAUAUGUGGAGCGUUGCCAAAGAUGGACGGAUGUGUAGGAAACCGUAG